AGUUUUCAAACUACAUGUAUAGUAUUUUAUAGGUUAUGAAAUUGCAAAGCAAAGAAACGUUAUUUAUCUUAUUUUUUAUUGGUAAAUCUAGAGUGUAUACUGAGCAGAUGCUCAUAUCAGAAACAGAGAAAAGGAUAAGUAUAAAACCUUAGACAUAAUAAUAAUAAUAUUACUAUGACUAUGUAAAAACGAUGUUUUUGUUUGUCUAUGUUUAUAACGUUUUUCGAACAAACUUCACAUUUGUCUUUUUGUUCAUACGUCAUUUUCAAAUCCCAACGGUUGUACGGUAUAAAUUUGAAGGCAACUAUGGAUUUAGCAGACAUUUUCCGAAAAGGACUACAGGAUCUACAUAAAGAUAAUUUGGACAAAAACUACAAGAAAAGAAGUUUGCUUUCUCGCAAGGAAUCCCUAAUGGUUGCUAGAAGACAAACCAGAGAAACUUUGAUGUUUAAUAAAAGAAACAUAGCUGCAGACAUAACUCCAUUCAUCACACCACAAUCUAAUAAACAAGAAACGAAAGUGCGUCCACAGGUAAUUAAACCUAAAAAUGAGGAAUCGAAUAAAAGAUAUGAAAUGCUAAAACAGUGGAAAGAAAAAAGAGAUAAACAGAAAGAAGCAGCAAAGAAACUUGCAAAGCCUGUUUUCAAGGUGUGUCAUGUAAAUAAAAAUAUUGGUUUGCCCAACUUAGAAAAUGUCAAUAAACAAAUUAAAGGUAAACCAAUGAAACCAGUCAGUGCAACAGUGAAAUCUUUUGCACCCUCCAAUCAUAAAUUUCAACCUCCCAAAAACGUGAAACCAGUACAAAUUGUUAAGCCUGUAUCAAGAAAUAAUCAUGAGUUGAAAAAUACUUCUCAGCCAGUCAAAAAUCUAACUAUAAAACCACAACCAAUGAAAAAGCCAGUGAAGACACAAUCUAAAGAAGUUUGGCAUAUUAGUGUUAAUAAAAAUAAUACUGAUGCUAGAUUGGGGCAAUCACUUGUAAAAUCAAAAGUUAGUAAUCUUGCAAAGACUACGAUUGUCAAUAAUAUUGAGAAGAAAAUGUCAGAAUUAAAUAACACAAAUUCAUCCCAUACUAACAUGGUAAUGAGGAGUAGAUCUUCAAAAAAUGAAAAAGAAGUACUAAAGGAUAUUAAAAAAAAUGGAGUUAACUCUAUUUAUAGAGCAACCACUGGUACGAAAUGUGAAAAAAAUAUUUUACCAUCCAAAUCAAAGCUAGUUUCUGCUAAAGGACCAAAGACUUCAUCAACUGGUCAAAACAGUUUAAGCAAAUUUAAUGAAACACUCAAAACUCAUAAGAAAAAUUGUACAACUCCAAAAAUGACUAAAGCUACAUCAUCAUCAAAAAUUAACAACAGUUCAACAUCCAAGAGUUAUAGAGAAAAUACUGAUAACUAUAUUAAUCUUAGUGGAGAUUUCCAAAUUGAAAAAGUUGUUAUCUAUGAUGAUGAAGAAAUCACACUGAAGACUCCAGUUAAAAAAAACCGGAAAUCUUGUGUUUCUAGUGUUAAAGUAACUAAAAGAAUGUCGAUAAAGGACAUAGAUAAUACUAAAGAUUCUAAAAGUACAAACACACUUACACAUAAAAGUAUUGAAUCUCUGAAAGAAAAUUCAAAUAUUGAUAUAAAUAAAAAUACUUGUGGUAAUAAAACACCCAAAAAAUCAAUAAGUAAAAGGGAUAUGCAAACACCUAUAUACAUAAGUCCAUUUGUAACUAUAUCAAGAGGAAAGGAAUCUGCAAGAAAAGAAUUUAGCCAAAGAAAAUCUACAGGAGGUGUGUUCUUAACUUCACCAGAUGGUAAAGAUUUUUCCAAGAGCACAAGUACCCAGGCUGGAGCUGAAUAUUUUGAACUUAUACUUGACAAGCAAAUUUCUAGAAUAGAGUCAAUAUGUGAAAAUUGGGAAAACUAUAAACAGAACAAUAAUCUAUCUGAAGAAGCUAUUGAUAUGAUUAAUGUUGCUAUAGGACAGUCCAAACUACUUAUAACUAAAAAAUUUGAACAGUUUAGAGGUCUUAUCUCAGAAUGCAAAUCAUCAGAUUUUAAGAACAAACCAAUAACUUGUGAAGAUUUACAUGGUUUUUGGGAUAUGAUUUAUCAGCAAGUAAUUGAUUUAGAUAAAAGAUUUGAUAAUUUGGAAAAAAUUAAGAAUAAUAAUUGGGAAGAAGUGUUUCCAGAAAAUAAAAUAGUGCAAACGCGCAAAAGAGGUCGCCCGAAGAAACAAAAGGCAUCAUCUUCAAUUAAAGAAAUGAUUAAAGCUGCUAGAAAUAAAAUUAAAAACAAUAAAGAAAUAAGUAUACAAUUAAUGGAACCCAAAACACCAGAUCCUCCUAAAAAAUUAUCACCAGUAAAGACCAGCAGCUCUAGAAGGAGUUUAAGAGCAUCUUUAUUGAGAGGAUCUAGUAUGAAAAGAAUGAGCUCUCCUGGAUUAACAAUGAUGAAGAUAACACAAGCUAUAAAAGCAGGCGAUGGUCUGACUCCUAGUAAAAGCAUUCUCAAAACAGAUUUUACCCAGUCUGAGAAAAGACAUACUAAAUCAGUUCUUUUUGUGGAAAACAUGGACAAUAUUUCGAAAAAAUUGGAUUUUGAAACAGAAAAUAAAGAAAACUGUGCCAUGAUAGCAAAUAAAGAAGUUCACAUUUAUAACAAUCCAACACCACUAAGGAGAUCAAGAAGACUUUCUUCUAAGUUAAUUUAAAUAUUAUUAAUUUAUAUUCAAUGUUUACAGAUUAAGUUAGACUUAUUUUGAAAUGUAUAUUCAAUUACAAAUGUUUUGUUUAGUUUUUAUUGACAUCUUCCUGAAACUAAGGAAGAAAUAAAUUUAUUAAUUAAAUUUUUUCAAAUUAA